ACGCUUAGCAGUGGUACGAGUGCAGCUCCCGAUACAAUUCGGACUAUUGAUAGUCGUUUGUUUAGGAGCUUCCAUAAACACAGUUGAGGAAGAGUCAAUGGUGUUCGAUUUGUCAUCACUUGGUGAAGGGAUUUACACAUUUAGAAAUGGUAGUAGCAUGAAAUCUGUUAAUCAGCAGCCAGACGGCUUCGAGCGAGAAGAUUCCAAUCCCGAGGAAAUGGGCAGCUUCGUGGAAGGCGACAUUUAUCAACCGUUUGUUCCGAAGAAUGCAGUGAAAUUCAAAAGUAAAAAGUGGUUGAAGGCGACGAUUCCCUACGAGAUUAGUAAUGAUUUCAGUCUCUCUGAGCUGCAGAGAAUUCGCAAUGCUUUCCAAAUCUUUCAUAAAAAGACCUGCAUACGAUUCGCUCCAAGAUCCACACAACAAGAUUACAUUGCAAUAGAAGGUUCCACAAGUGGCUGCUGGUCCACCGUUGGGCGGGCGGGCGGCAAACAAAUUCUCAACCUUCAACGUAAUGUCUGUAUUCGUCGAACGGGCACAAUUCUGCACGAAUUGAUGCACGUUUUGGGAUUCUUCCACGAACACACUCGCCACGAUAGGGACAAUUAUGUGGCGGUUAAUGUGAAAAACAUAAAACCUGAUUCGGUGGGUAAUUUCCGAAAAGAGCUUCAGGACAGAACCACAACUCAUGGUAUACCGUACGACUUGGGCAGCGUUAUGCAUUACUCAUCGACGGCGUUUAGCUGGAAUGGGAAUCCAACGAUUGUGCCAAAGGUAAAAUUUGCUGGAAAGAUUGGUCAGCGUAACGGAUUUUCUUCUAAAGACAUACAAAGCAUCAUUACAAUGUAUUGUUGAUUAUUUGUUAUAAAUAAUAACUAAAAACUUUGAAAGGAACUUCCUUGCUAAGUUGCUGCUAAAUCAAUAGCAACUGAUCUUCAUUUACACCGAAUUAUUGAACUAGUCACUGUAAUGCUUCCCAUGAUUCCAUAGUUAAAAUAAACUACCAUGUGUUUCU